GUGGCCCUCAAACCGGACCCCAACUCGAAACUCAUCAAAAUCAGUGAUGAGUUGAAGGACUUUGUGGGCAAAUCGCUGGUCAGCCGCGACUUAGAGGACAUUCUCAUCAAUUCAUUCAAAAGAGCCAAACUCUUCUCGACCUAUCGGUUCAAUAUGAAGAAUAAGUUCAAGAAAAUCAAGUUAGACAUCGGACGCAAAUAUCUCGAAAUGAAUGGCAAACUAUUGAUCAUUAAAUUGUUUGAAUUCGGAAAUACGAAAGUGUCUGAAGUGGACCAGGACAUGUCCGAACGCAUCAAAAAUGCCUACUUCCUGCCAGAGAAGGGACUGGAGGGUAAACUCAACUUCGAGACCAUUGACGCCAAUCCGGAGUCGAUAUCAAUGAAUGCUUUCGAAAAGAUAUCAUUUUCUAUGACCGAGUUUUUGAGUAAAAAA